AGCAAAAGCAAGUCAAUGAAUUUUUAUUUUAUUUUGGUUUUAACCCCAAAAUUUGUUCUCAAUCCUCAUUUCCUAACCUCCGGUUUUUCUUUUUGUGUGGUCAUGGCUGCUGCAUCGUCCUCCAAAUCGGAUCCAUCCCGCCGGAAAUACGACGUGUUUCUCAGUUUCCGUGGUGAAGACACGCGUCAUUCCUUCACUAGCUAUCUCCGAGAUUUUUUACGCCGGAAAGGGAUCGAUGCUUUCAUCGAUGAGAAACUCCGGCGAGGCAACGAUCUCUUGAAACUUUUCGAGAGGAUCGAGCAGUCAAAGAUCUCGAUCGUCGUUUUCUCAGAGAACUACGCGAAUUCCGCUUGGUGCUUAGAGGAACUCGCGGAGAUCAUCGAGUGCAAGGAAACCUUCGGUCAGGUGGUUUUACCGAUCUUCUACAAAGUUCCGACAUCUGACGUGAAGUAUCAAAAGGGAAGAUUCGGAGCUCCGUUCGAGAGAGCCGAUGAGAAUUUCCCUGGAUUUGAACACAGGGUUCCGGCAUGGAGAGAAGCCCUAAGAGCUGCUUCUGAAAUCGCCGGCUAUGUACUGCCGGAGACAAGCCCCGAAUGUGAUUUUGUCGACAAAAUUGCCAAAGAAACGUUCAAGAUUCUAAACAAGUUGUCUCCAUCUGAAAUUCAAGGUCUUCCGGGGAUUGAAUCGCGUAUGAUGGAACUGGAAAACAUAAUGUGUUUUGAAGAAAAGACUUGUGUUCGAGUUGUUGGAGUUCUUGGGAUGGCUGGGAUUGGUAAGACCACUGUUGCAGAUUGUGUGUAUAAGCGAAACUACGGUCACUUUGAUGGUUACUGCUUUCUUGCAAAUAUUCACAAUGAGUCAAAACUACAUGGAGUAGAUUAUUUGCAGCAGAAACUUCUCCGUAAGCUAUUAGAUGAAGACAAUCUUGAUGUUGGAGCUCCUGAAGGAGCACACGAAGCCUUGAAGGAUCGUCUUCGGAACAAGAAACUGUUUAUUGUGCUCGACGAUGUGACUAACGAAAACCAAAUAACACUUCUUAUUGGGAAAGGGGGAACGGAGCUGUACCGAGAAGGAACUCGGAUUGUUAUAACAACAAGGGAUAAGAAACUGCUAGAGAAUGUUGUGAAUGAAACAUAUGUGGUUCCUAGAUUGAGCGGAAGAGAAGCUUUGGAGCUUUUCUGCUUGAGUGCAUUUUCUAGUAAUCUCUGCGCUACAGCCGAGCUCAUGGAUCUAUCAAACAAGUUUGUGGAUUAUUCGAAAGGGCAUCCAUUAGCUCUGAAAUUGUUGGGUUCUGACCUAUGCCAGAGAGAUAAGUUAUAUUGGAUUAGGAAAUUGGAGAGACUGCAGAGAAGACCAGAUGGAAAGAUUCAAGAAGUCUUGAAAAUGAGUUAUGAGGAACUAUGCCCGGAAGAACAGAGCAUAUUUCUGGAUGUUGCUUGCUUCUUUAGAUCAGAAAAGUUGGAUUUUGUUUCAAGGAUUCUGAGCACUUACCACAUUGAUGCUUCUAAUGUGAUAAAUGACCUUAUUGACAAGUGCUUGGUAACUGUCUCGGAUAACCGGCUGGAGAUGCAUGACCUACUUCUUACGAUGGGGAAGGAAAUUGGUUAUGAAUCAUCCAUCAAAGAGGCAGGUAAGCGUGGUAGGUUAUGGGACCAAGAAGAUAUUUGUCGCGUUUUAAAGUAUAAUACGGGGACUGCAGAAAUUAGGGGCAUCUUCUUGGAUAUGUCUAACGUAGAAAGCAUGAAGCUAAGUGCUAAUAUUUUCACGAGGAUGUUGAGUCUCAAAUUCCUGAAAUUCUACAAUUCUCAUUGUUCUAUGUGGUGUGAGAAUGAUUGUAGAUUUCGUUUCCCUAGUGGACUUGAUUGUUUUCCAGAUGAGCUAGUGUAUCUCCACUGGCAGGGGUACCCUUUGGAGUAUCUGCCAUUGAACUUCAACCCGAAGAAACUCAUUGAUCUUAGUCUUCGUUAUAGCAGCAUUAAGAAACUAUGGGAAGAUGAGAGGACCACAACAGAGUUAAGAUGUGUUGAUCUCAGUUAUUCGAAAGACUUGUUGAAUCUAUCUGGUUUGUUGGAUGCUCGUAAACUCGAGAGAUUAUAUCUUGAAUGUUGUACAAGUUUAGCCAAGUGUUCCUCAAUCAAGCAGAUGGACAGUCUCGUUACGCUGAAUCUCAGAGAUUGCAUAAACCUCAAACGUCUUCCAAAGGGCGCUAAACUUCAAUCUUUGAAGAUUCUUAUCCUUACUGGCUGUUUAAAACUCGAAAAAUUUCCAACUAUUUCAGACAAUAUAGAAUCUCUAUAUUUGGAUGGCACAGCAGUCAAAAGAGUUCCUGAAUCCAUAGAGAGUCUCUGGAACCUCGCUGUGUUGAAUCUAAAGAAAUGUUGCAGGUUGAUGCGUCUUCCCGAUACUCUUUGCAAGCUGAAGUCUCUUAGAGAACUGAUUCUCUCUGGUUGUUCAAAGCUAGAGAGUUUUCCAGAGAUUUAUGAGGACAUGGGAAGUUUAGAGAUUCUUCUCAUGGAUGAUACAGCCAUCAAAGAAACUCCCAGAACAAUGUGUAUGAGUAAUCUCAAGCUGUUUUCGUUUGGGGGAUCUAAAGUACAAGAUUUCAAAUGUUUGGAAUUGCUUCCUUUCUCAGGUUGCUCUAGUUUAUCAGACAUGAAUCUCACAGAUUGUAAUCUGUACAAGUUGCCGGACGACUUUAGCUGCUUAGCCUCGCUACAGUCAUUAUGCUUGAGUAGAAACAAUAUCGAGAAUCUACCGGGAAGCAUCAAGAAACUUCAUCAUCUCAAGUCACUUUACUUGAAGCAUUGUCAAAAGCUCAUUUCUCUUCCAGUGCUUCCAUCAAAUCUGCAGUAUUUGGAUGCUCAUGGCUGUCUCUCACUCGAAACAGUAGGAAAACCAAUGUCGCUUCUUGUGAUAGCUGACAAGACCCAUUCUACUUUCGUGUUCACGGAUUGCUUCAAGCUAAACCGAGAUGCACAAGAAAAUAUUGUGGCUCAUACUCAACUCAAGAGUCAAAUACUGGCGAAUGGAUCUCUUCAACGUAAUCAUAAGGGUCUAGUUUUGGAACCCUUAGCUAGUGUAAGUCUUCCAGGAAAUGAUUUGCCAUUAUGGUUCCGACAUCAGAGGAUAGGAUCUUCAAUGGAUACCCACCUUCCUCCACACUGGUGCGACAAUAAAUUCAUCGGACUUUCUCUCUGCGUUGUUGUCUCGUUUAAGGACUAUGAAGAUACAACCAGCCGGUUCUCGGUAAUAUGCAAGUGCAAGUUUAGAAACGAAGACGGUAAUUCCAUCAGCUUUACUUGUAAUCUUGGGGGAUGGAAAGAGCAAUGUGGAUUAUCUAGCCACGAAGAACCACGCCGACUUAGCUCGGAUCAUGUGUUCAUCAGUUAUAACAACAGUUCUCAUGCCAAGAAAAGCCAUGAUCUCAAUAGGUGUUGCUACACCACUGCUUCAUUCAAAUUCUUUGUUACUGAUGGCAAAGCCAAAAGAAAGCUAGACUGCUGUGAGGUGGUGAAAUGUGGAAUGAGCUUGUUAUAUGCACCAGACGAGAAUGAUUAUAGAUUGCAGGGUUUGCAUGACCUCGAGAAAACGGUAUUUGGCAAAGAAAAGGAACUAAAUGAAACUGUUGUGUCCAAGAGAGGCAGUGUCCGCUUACAAGAGGAAGAGCUAACUAAAAGGAAAAGAAGAAAAGAAGAAAUCUCUUUUCCUGAUCAUGAGUGUGCUGUAACUUCUGUUCUUAGUUACGUGGAGCCAGCAAAGCCUCAUCUCUGGAAAUAACUAGAUUCAGAAAGUUGAUUUCAGACAAGGGUUAGAUUCAAACAGAGGUCAAAUCAUGUUUCAUAUUUAUCUUGCUACAUAUCUCAAAUGAAUCUCAGAGACGGAUUGUAUCAAAUACCUGCAGUUUCAAGUGAUGUGGCUAUUCUUAAGCAAUGUUCAACAAGAAAAAUCUGGAUCUCUCUUGUGUAAGUUCUGUAAAGUUUCCUCAAGCAGUCUCAUCUGUACACAAUCUCAAUAUCAGUUUUUGUUAUUUUGUAUUCUUUUAUGUUUAAAGCUAAAGUUUGACUUGUAAUAAGAUUCACUGAAACUUGAAGUAAAGUUCCAAUGCGAACUUAUUGCGAUAUAAUCU